AUGACUACAGCUUCGGACGGGGUUCGCCCUCGGCGUCCACCCCCGCCCGAUGAUCCAUCUUUCCCUCCCGCUCCCCCCUCCCCCACCGCAUCGUACUCGGAUCGCGAGGACGGCCAGCUCGGCAAGAAGCGCAAGACCCCCUCGUCGAUGCAGUGCGGCGGGCGGGAUGAGUACAGCUGGGAUCGUCACACCAACCAUACCUGCCUCCACAAGGACGGCGAUGACGACGAUGACGGCUCAGAGUCCAGCCCGUUCCAACGCAAGAAUGGCAAAUGGGUCCUCAAUUACUACCGGGCUCGAUCGCGAGCGGCCAAGGCGGGAUCCUGGCGCAAGGCGCUGUUCCUUCGGCGAAAGGCGGCGCUGAUCACGCUGUUCUUGGACGCUCAGACGGCGGUGACCAACGAGCUCAAGAAGGGGGUCGAGAGGAGCAGCUUGAUCUUGCCAGAAGUGGCAAUGUUCGAGCAGAUGCUGCCGUCUCUAGAGAAUAUAGGGGUGGGGGACUGGCCAAUGGACAAUCCAGGAUGGCGGACGGGGUCGGACGAUGCAGCGGCGGAUGCGGCAGCUGGCGCACUGGAGCAUUGGCGGACGGGAUACGAAAAGAGGCGGCGGUUGAGGGAGGGGAGAAAGUCGAUCCUGCGGGGAGGAUGGGCACCUGAAGGCAGCUUUGAGUUUGAGAAGCAGAGUCAGGCCUCCAAGGGCUUCCGAGCGAGUGCAAGGGAUCAGGCGGCGCUGGCAAAGCUCGCUGUUGUUCUCCGUACCAUCACGCUGGCGACCGCCAAACCCACUACCACGACCACCAAUACUCGCGUCCCUCAAGCGGACGAACACGAGCUCAAACGUGCUCAACCGUCUACGGCGCGUGCACAGCCAGCACCAGUUGUCGCUCCUACCCCGGCACCGGUGGCCAAGCUCGACAAGGACGUCGGUGCGCCUAUGAGCAAGACUAACAGCAGCCAAGGCAGCGAAACUGCUACGGGGAAGAAGAAGCCAAAGAAGAAGAAGCGGAGCGUCUUGGCGAAUCAGAGCAACCCGCACCAUGUCGAUAAUUAUCGCCCUUCCCGACUCAUCGGCGCUCUCGGCGACCCCCUUGAGCCGUAUGCCUCUCACGCCAAUCUCCUCUUUCCUCCUCCCAUGCGCUUCCUCUCCACUCGACCGCGCACCCGCAAUCCCGGUCCUUCGGGCCAGCCCCAGCCUCAGCGUCCGUCCGAGGAAGACUACAUUUGCACCUUCUGCGAGUAUACACUCUUCUACGGGUCGGAGGAGGCUCGGAAACGGGCGAUACGCUCUCGGCGGCGCGAGUUGCGGCGAAAGCAGACCAUCAAGACCAGGGCGAAGAAUGUGGCGGAUGGAAAGGGUAAGGGAAACCUUGGGAGGGAGGAGGAUGAUUGGGACGAGGACGAAGAUGGAGGCGAAGGCGGAGCUGAAGGCUGUCACGGCCGGUGCUCAUGCGGGAGACCCCUCGGUAGGGGACGAGUCAAAGAUCCGCCCGACCCCGACGGCGGGCAUCAUCACGACCACGAUCAUCACCACCACCACACCUAG